AUGGCUCCAGGACAGAAAAAACCACAACAAAAUGGACAAAAAAAGAAAGGAUAUAAUCCAUAUAAUAAAUUUAAAAAUCGAUUUUGGAAAAAGAAUAAAAAAGAUAAUGAAAACUCAUCGAAACGGGAUGAUGAACGACAUAAUCAAAAUCAUUCACAUGUAGGACCUUCAAGUCCAGUUAAAUUUAUACAACCACCUAUAACUACUUAUAUUGAUAUUACUGAAAGACCAGCACGUUACCGUGGUUGGUCACUGUAUUUUCCAGAUACAGACAAAGAAUCUGAUCCAAGUUAUUUAUCGGUUUGUCUAUUAUUUGAAGAUUAUUUUAAACGUAUGAAAAAUUUAUAUGAUUAUUCUGAAAUUGAACAAAAACAAUCGUUUACUAUUAAUUAUCAUGAAGUACUUGAAGAUUCAGCUUUUCAAGACAAAAAACAAACUUGGAGUUUAUUCUUUUCCGAUCAAAAUGAAACAACAAUGCGAGUUAUUGGUUUAGCUAUGCAUCAAUGCAUUAUUGAUGAACAAGAAGAAAAAGAUCGAUUAGCAGCUAAUGAAUGUAAUCAUCCAACAGUACCACUUAUUGAUCUUCCAGUAAUUCAUGCACGUUUAGUUAAUUUUUCACCAAUGGUUCGAUUAAAAGAUGUCAAAGCUCAAGCUUAUGGUUUUGUUUCUUUUUGUUGGUUUUUUUUCCCAUCAGUCAUUGUGAAGUAUUUAGGUAAAUUCGUGUCGAUUCGAGGAGUUGUUGUACGUGUAAGUAAUUCACAAUGUUUGGUCGUUCGUCUGGCAUACGAAUGUUCAACAUGUCGACAUACAUUUGGUGUAACAUGUGAAAAUGGUAAACAUACAGAACCAGAACGUUGUCCAACACCAGGUUGUAUUGGUCGAUCAUUUGCUCAACAACGUUCUCAUCCAUUAACAACUAUUAUUGAUUGGCAAACAAUUCGUUUGCAAGAAGUUGCUGCAGAAGCAUCACGAGCACCUGGUCGUAUUCCACAAACAAUUGAAUGUGAACUGACAAAUGAUCUUGUUAAUAGUGCUAUUCCAGGUGAUGUUGUAGUUGUUUCUGGUGUUGUAAAAUUAAUGGUAGAUGAAAAUAGUGGUUUACGUAAAAUAUCUGAUCAAUCAUUACUUCAAGUUUAUAUUGAUGUUAAUUCAGUUGUUAAUCAACGAUUAAAUACUUCUGAUGCAGCAUUAGGUGGUAACAGUUUAAUGAAUACAAUGGAUUUUUCUUUAUUUGAUUUAUAUGGUAUUCAACAAAUUCAACAACAAAAAAAUGUUUUAAAACUUCUUGUUCAUUCACUUUGUCCAAGUAUAUAUGGACAUGAACUUGUUAAAGCCGCAUUAUUAAUGGCUUUAUUUGGUGGAUUAGUUCGAAAUGAAGAUGGUGCUUCUCAUAUUCCAAUUCGUUCUGAUCCACAUGUAUUAAUCGUUGGUGAUCCAGGUCUCGGUAAAAGUCAAUUGCUUCAUGCUUGUGUUAGUGUUGCACCAAGAGGUGUAUAUGUUUGUGGUACAAGUUCAACUCAAUCUGGUCUUACAGUUACAUUACAUAAAGAUAAAGAUGGAGACUUAAUGUUAGAUGCUGGUGCACUUGUUAUGGCUCAUCAAGGUUGUUGUUGUAUUGAUGAAUUUGAUAAAAUGAUAUCACAACAACAAGUAUUACUUGAAGCCAUGGAACAACAAUGUGUAUCUAUAGCUAAAGGUGGUAUUAUGGCAAGUAUACCAGCUCGAACAUGUGUUAUUGCUGCUGCAAAUCCAGUUGGUGGACAUUAUAACAAAGCAAAAACAGUAGCUGAAAAUUUAAAAUUAAAAGGACCAAUUUUAAGUCGUUUUGAUCUUGUCUUUAUUCUUAUUGAUCGAGCUGAUGAUGAACUUGAUUAUCGUUUAUCUGAACAUGUUCUUGCUCAACAUAAUCGUUCAAUUCGUUCAUCACAUAAUAAUACAACAGUGAGUUUAAAUCGAACACAAAAUGAAGCAGUAACAGUGAAUCAUCGUCCAGAACAAAUAUCAUCAACACUUCAUGAAGAAAUUCCAUUACUUGAACAUUUACGUCUUAAACUUGGUGAAUCGAUUGAACCAGUUGGACCAAAUCUUUUACAAAAAUAUAUUGCUUAUGCACGUCGAUAUGUCAAACCUCGUCUUACACGUGAAGCAAUUGAUAUUCUUAAAAAGUUUUAUUUUGAAUUACGUAUUGCUCAUCAACGUGAUGGAACAACUCCUAUUACUUUACGUCAACUUGAAUCAUUAAUGCGUCUAACUGAAGCUCGUGCUAAACUUGAAUUACGGGAAGAAUGCACUAAAGCAGAUGCUCUAGAUGUUGUACAAAUAAUGAAAGCUAGUAUGAUCGAUACAUAUACUGAUGAAAAUGGUCAACUUGAUUUUUCACGACUACAACAUGGUUCCGGAAUGAGUCGAGCAUCAGAAGUUAAGAAAAUGAUGAAUGCUAUUCGAUGUGUUAGUGAAAAAAAGACAAAUCCUCUAUUUUCAAUAGCUGAACUUAAACAAAUAGCAACAGAUAUUAAAAUGAAUAUGGAUAGGUUUGAUGAAUUAGUAACAAAACUCAAUGAUAAUGGAUAUUUAUUGAAAAAAGGUCAUAAUUUAUAUCAAGUUUCUUUAGUUGAAUAG